AUGACCACUUAUUGGAGUUCGGUCGACAAUGUGGGGCAGUUCAAGCUUCUCGAAGCUGUAAAAGAGGAUCCGGAGAUCAACAUCCGCAGUCUUGCGACGGGACUCGGGUGUAGCCACUUAACAGUCGUCAGUCGCCUCCAGGCCCUCGGCUACAGAAAAGUGCUGGCUCGAUGGAUGCCCACCUUGACGGAUGGCACCCGGUUUACCCGGGUAUCCAUCUCUCAAGCUCUCCUUCUUCGCCCGCAUCCAAAAGAGUUUCUUGAAGAUCUUACUACCGGAGAUGAGAGUUGGGUCCUCUACGAGUCUAACGCGCAGCUGCCUCGAGGAGAAGACCCACCGACGCAAGCCAAAUAG